GAGGGCGACGGGGACGUGGACGACAUCCUGCACCAGACGUACUCCGAGCUGCACGGUGCCAUCUCCGGCCUCCGCCGCUACGACCUGCACGAGAUGCUCCUGGGCUUUGAGCACCUCCACAGGGAGGCGGGCCAGGCCCUUGUGGCCAGGGCCAGGGCCCAGCAGGCCCAGCAAAACAACUGGUCCGUGUGGGGCCUGCUUGCGGGCGAGCGCGGGGCGGAGCAGCCCCCGGACCAGGACGAGGAGCACUGGGCGGCCGUCCGCGGAUGGCCGGGGCCCAGCCACGCCCACUGCGUGGAACUCUGCCUCGGGCGCGUGCGCCGCGUCGUCGGAGGCGGGUGCGAGGGCCUGUACCAGGCGGUGCAGGACGAGGGCCACGCGGGCGACACCGUCGACGUCGCUCUCGAGGCCUGCGGCCGGGCCUACAGGGCUCGUGCGGCGGCGGAGGACGGGCCAGACUACCGCAGGCUCUGCCUGAAGGAGUGCGGCCAUCACCACCGCCACGACGAAGAGCUGUAG